AUGGCUCGUGGUCAUCAAAAGGCUUUGGCUCAGCAGCGGAAGCUCAAAAAGCAGACAGAAACUAAAAAAACUAGUGACAACAAGAAAUCUGCUGCCGCUGGCUUGACUCACUCAUGCGUCGUUUGCAUGUCUCAGAUGCCUGAUCCCAAAACUUACAGACAGCAUUUUGAAAAUAAACAUCCAAAGACUCCACUACCAGAUGUAUUGAAGGAAUGCCUUUAA